UCAAAAUGAAGAAUUUCAUAGUUUUAGCGAUAGCGCUGGCCGUUCUGGUUCAUCCUUCGCAUCAGCUGAGUCGGUAUGAAGUAUUGUCGAAAUUCGUAGAGAAUAGGAGGUCUGGUGUGAGGAGUCAGGCGAAGGAAUGGGUAGCUCCUUCCAUUAGCAGUGAAUAUUCAUGGAAGCUCAAUCAAUACGCCCAAGAUGGAUUGCAGGAGAAUGACAAAAUAACCGCUCUGCCUGGCCAGCCAGAAGGAAUAACGUUUGCACAGUACUCAGGAUAUGUGACGGUUGAUGCAGAGGCAGGGAGAGCACUUUUCUACUAUUUUGCAGAGGCCACCGAAGAUCCAUCUACAAAGCCUCUGCUCCUCUGGUUCAAUGGAGGACCAGGAUGCUCAUCUUUUGGUGUGGGAGCAAUGACAGAAUUGGGUCCGUUCCGUGUACAACCAGAUGGCAAAACUCUUUCUAAAAAUCCAUAUGCAUGGAACCAAGUGGCAAACACCUUGUUUUUGGAAUCGCCUGCCGGGGUUGGAUUUUCAUACUCCAAUACCACCUCUGAUUAUCAAAAUGGCAAUGAUGAUAACACUGCUCGAGACGCGUACACGUUUCUUCAAAUUUGGUUUGAAAGAUUUCCACAGUAUAAGAACCGAGAUUUCUAUAUAGCAGGGGAAAGCUACGCUGGGUUCUAUGUUCCUGAAUUAGCGGACACAAUUCUUAAGAAUAACAACUCACGUACAUCAUUCAUCAAUCUCAAGGGAGUUAUGAUUGGAAAUGGAAUAAUGAAUGACGAGACAGAUGGUUGUGGUUAUAUCGAUUAUGCAUGGUCACAUGCAUUGAUAUCAGAUGAAGAUUAUGCAAGUCAACGUUGCACUCCAUCUGGUUCAAGCUAUACAACUCACAACAACACAUUUGUGUCUCGAGCAGAAUCUACGGAUGGAGAGAUAAAUCCCUAUAACAUAUAUGCCCCCCUAUGUCCUUCCCAUCCAGACCCCAUUUGGGCAUCUUCUACUUCUGUCAAUGAUACUCCAACAACUGAAUUAGAUGAAUUUGAUCCAUGUAGUCCUGGUUACGUAUUUACCUACCUUAACACUCCGGAAGUGCGAAUUGCUCUUCAUGCAAAUGUAAUGGACUUGUCUUAUGCAUGGACUGAAUGCAGUGAUGUGCUCUCAUACACUAUCUCUGCUACUACAAUGUUUCCAAUAUAUCAAAGAAUGAUGGCAGCAGGAUUGAGAAUAUUAGUCUACAGCGGAGAUGUGGAUGCGGUGGUUCCUGUGACUGGCACGAGAUAUUCCAUUAAUGCAUUAAAGCUUCCAAUAGAGGAAGAAUGGUACCCUUGGAUGAGUGGAGAGUUAGACGUGGGGGGUUUUAGUGUAAUCUACACGGGCUUGACAUUUGCAACAGUUAGAGGAGCGGGGCAUGAAGUGCCUAGUUAUCAACCUUCUAGAGCCUUGACCAUGACCAAAUCAUUUUUGGCUGACAAGGCAUUGCCAUCAUAAUAGUUCCACUUUUUUAAAUUCAGUAAUGACAUUCAAAUGAUUUUAUAACUACCAAUUAUAUGAUGAAUAUAUGUACAAUCUAUUUCAAA